AUGUUCUAUCUUGGCCUUGGCUUGAAGGAUCUAGCCGCCAACGAGACGCGUCGUCCAACUGAAUGCGUUAAGCCUAUACAGGACGUUUAG